CACGCACUACUUACCUUAAUCCAUUACCACCACCGGCUCUUAAUUCCUAAUGCCCUAUCAAUCUCUACCCACAAUCGACGAAAAGAAUCCUCUCUAUUGCCCUGCUAUCACCGCUUCCUCAUAUAUCAGCUCUCUCCGGCGUCAAUCCCGACGCAAAUACUCCCGUUCUUCUCUACGUUCCCGGUCGCAAAAUGAGCAAUAUGUGCACUCCUUCUCCCGUAUCCUUGACAGAGCGCUCAAGGACGAAGAAUUUGAAUCGCGCUCUGCAUUCCCACCUGCAAACUCGGAUGAUGCAUCUACGCUGACUUCAUCAAUUGUCCUUCGCGAGAACCUAUCUUUCGAGCAUCGCAGCAGUACCACGAUAGUCAAGACGACAACAAAGACCACGUCCUCUAAUCUGCGGGCCAAUGCUCCUCUCAAAAGAAAACGUGCCGACUCCGAAUCUACUACGUUUAGUGACUUGCGUGGACCUGCUCUGUAUCAGCCCUCCGUUCAAUCAUCGCAUGAUCGCUCGUUCGAUGUCAGCGUCAAGCGAGAAAGACUAGACUAUUUUUCUUCCAAGCCGCAACCGUCCCCUCUUAUUUUGCGACCCAGAAACAUGAAUACCGUUCCGAACCAGAAUACUAAGCCUGCACUCGUCGACGAUUUCAAGACAAAGAUUCGGUCUCUGGAAGACGAGCUGUAUGGACCGCCCAUAGGAACCGAAUCACCCCGCGGCCUAAUGCCAUUCAUUAUGAGUCUGGACGAGAUGAUGCCUGGGAUUCGUCUGCAAGAACGUCUUCUCAGGCUUCCCAAUCUGAGUCAUCAAGCGAUAACUGACUUUUUGGCUGAAAACGGGUUGUUGAACGUUCGUGUUCUUUCUGUGCUUCGAACUUCGGAAAUCUGGCGACUGGUGCUCUCUGAGUCGAUGAAUGAUGAGGAUGGGCUGAAUCUCGCGGGCAGGGACAUUCUGCCUAUCUUCAGCAAACCCAACAGCUUCUUAUUCCUCUCCGAGCUCUGUCUCAGUGGAACCCGUGUUCACGAAUCCGACCUGUUGCACGUCCAUCAUCUGCCUCGCCUUGUUACUUUGCUCCUGAACAACACUGGAAUUGGCAACGAAGCCAUAUACCUUCUUGUUUCCCUCAAGCGCACUCUCCUCCAACUCUCGAUCGCAACCAACCCACACAUCGACGACGACGCUAUUCCCGCUCUGCUCUUGUUUUCGAAGCUUUCUUUUCUCACCAUUCUCGACACAAGUAUCCACAUGGCAGGUCUUCGCCGCCUCGCCCGAGUCAUUUACGACGAGCGACGCAUCAUCGACAUCGAGAUCCCAUCUGCGUGUGAGAACUACAUCGAUCACUUAUCAUCAAGAUAUCUUCUAAAUCCGGCUCCUCCGCUUAUUUCGAGUCCAGAGCUGGUACCUGAGCUUUCUGCCGCUGCUCUCAAACGCAAUCUCACUGCCCAUUCCGACUGCAACUCGUCCAUUGUCGCGACAGGCACCAAACAGGAAAUGGCUGACAGAUUGCGAGGUAUUUUGGAGAUGCGCGGCCAAGAUCUGCUCGUGCGUAACAUGAUCAUGGGCGUCGAUGACUCUGUUAUGCGGAGCUUGUAGAUGGAUGGCAUGUUGUCUUUAGCUGUACCAUAAUGUCUCUGUAAUUCUCUCCCGCGCUACCUUAGUAAUCAGCUAAUGUGUUAUCUCUAUGAUAAGAUAAGCGUCAACUCUUUCCCUCACCACAAUGACGACUGUUCUUCGCUGGGGAAUCAUAUCAACGGGGAAAAUAGCAUCUGUGUUUGUCAAGGAUCUGCUCAUAGAUCCCAAGACGUACGAUAUCCCUCAUUUGCGCAGAACCAUGAUUCAUUUGUCAAAAGCCGUCUCGUCGAUGACAUCGCGCACAAAGUUGUUGCUGUAGGCUCACGCUCCGUCGAGUCUGCACAGAAGUUUGUGACCGCGAAUGCCGCUGGCGAUACCAACAUCAAGACGUACGGGACCUACGAGGAAGUGUACUCGGACCAGCCAGCCUUCAAUCCUGAUAAGGACGUCGACGUCGUUUACAUCGGAACCCCGCACACCUUCCACUACACGAAUGCCCUAGACGCGAUCCGGGCCAAGAAACACGUUCUGUGCGAGAAGCCGGUCACUACUAAUGCGGCUGAGCUGCGCUCGCUGCUUGCCGCCGCGAAAGAGCACGGUGUGUUCUUCAUGGAGGCUAUGUGGACCAGAUUCCAGCCGCUGCCGCGUGCCGUGCUGGAGUUGCUGCAUUCGGGAGAACUGGGGCAGCCUAUUGUCGUGCAUGCAGAUCUGUCCGUCAACUUCGAUAUACAGACCUGUAGAUAUCCCCAAGACUCAUCGGAUGCUCGAUCCUACACUUGGAGGUGGCGCGUUGCUCGAUCUAGGACCAUACCCGCUCGUUUGGGCCAGUGGAUUCCAGUUUUUAACGAGACCCCCACGUCUGACCAGUCACAACAGGCCAUCAUGACACUUUACGAAUCGCCACUCAACUCGCUGGCCCUGCCUUCUCCCGUCAGCGGUAACAUGGUCAAGACACCGCUGACCGGCGUAGAUGCCAAUACCUCCUUCUCGCUCGCCUUUCCGUCUCUCGGAUCCGGUGCGCAAGCCAUUCUCAGCUGCAGCCUAAACGCAGAGACGGUUACUCCCGGGGUGACCAUCCGCUGUGAGAAAGGUGUCAUCCGGAUUGCGCCGCCGAUCUACCUCAGUAAAUCGUUUUCGGUGCAAUACCUCGGGGAGGGAGGGAAGAUCCUUCGCGAAGAAGACAAGUCGUUCGAGUACGUUGGCCAUGGAAUGCAUUGGGAGGCAGACGAGGUCGCCAGAUGCAUCCGAGACGGGAAGAUGGAGAGUGCCCUGUGGGGUUUCGACAAGAGCUUGUUGGAGAUGCAAGUGUUUGAUGAGGUGCGCAAGCAAGGUGGAUAUGUGCUGCCCCCUGGUGUCGAGAAGGUGCAAUAGAUCAAUCCCGUCGGAUACAUACAAUGUACAUGUAUUACAAGUUACGAGGUCGGGGCUCACUUGUCAUCUUGGGCUCCG